AUGGAUCAUCAUCCAAGGACGAUCAAAGAGCUGGUAGCUGAGGCUCAUAACUAUGAAUACUCCACUAGUGUGCCAUUGAAGAUAUAUCUACGAACUGCUGAGAUAUUAAGCAGACAUGCUGAUCUGUAUAAGGCACAAAACUCAAAUAGUGAUGCAUAUAUACUAUAUCUUCGGUUUUUAGAUCUUUUGACUAAUAAAAUAUCAAAGAAUCCACAGUUGAAGAAGGGAACUGACCAAUAUAAAACUUAUCUUGAUCUAUUAUCAAAUAAAGCACCUUCAGCUUUCCAAAAUGCUGAAAAGAUAAAGAAGCAAUUGGAUCAAGAGAUUAAAGCAUAUGAGAAAUAUAUUCGUCUAAGACAGGAACAGCAACAGCAUCAAAAACCAAAAGUUAUAGAGAAGCCUGUGGUAGUGGAGUCGGAAGAUAUAAUGUCAGAAAAGGAUGAUUUUGAUGAAGCCAAAUUUGCGAGUAGAUUAAAACAAUUUCAAUCUCUUCAGAGAGAUUCAUCACCUACACCUUCAUAUCCAAAAUUAGAACAUUCAGCUACACCAAUAAACCCAAGGGCAUCUUUGGAAACACAACAUAAUUUCAUACCACCUUCACUUCCUCCAAAAAUAUCAAUUCAAUCCGAACCACCAUCAUUACCACCAAAAACUACAUUGGAGCAACCACAGCAUAAAUCAAUUGCAUCAACUGAAUCUAAAAAACCAUUAAAGACAGUUUUCCUACCUUCUAAACUACCACUAGACUUCCUAGGCAUCGCAUCAUCUAAUUCCCAAAAAAACCUAGAAACCUGUGGUAUUUUAUGCGGAUCGUUAUCAUUAAAUGCAUUCUUCAUAACAACAUUAUUAAUCCCUUCACAAGAGUCAACUUCAAACACAUGUCAAACUCUGAAAGAGGAGGAUAUUUUUGAGUAUGUUGAUUCUCAUAAUUUAUUUGUUCUUGGCUGGAUCCAUACCCAUCCUACUCAAUCUUGUUUCCUCUCUUCAGUGGAUUUACAUACGCAAAAUUCUUAUCAAAUUAUGUUACCAGAAGCUCUUGCCAUUGUAUGUGCUGUGAAACAUGGAGUUAUGGGACAGUUUAGAUUGACUGAUCCUCCAGGAGUUGGGAUAAUAACAAGAUGUCAAAAACCUGGUUUCCAUCCUCAUGAAGAGAAAGAAAUUUAUAGACAUUGUGAAAGCAAAUAUGGUGGACAUGUUGUUGUCAAGGAUGGUCUCCCAUUUGAUAUUGUUGAUUUAAGAAAAUAA